AUGCUUUCUAAGCAUUUGGCGGCAAAAACAGCCGAAAUCGUCGAUGCCAAACUUUUCUUUGCGCAAGACCCUGGACGAAAAGGAUCUAUUAGUCGAAAUCACCUCGAUGCUCGCGCUCACAAUGCUCGUGCUCACGAUGCUCGUGCUCACGAUGCUCGUGCUCACGAUGCUCGUGCUCACGAUGCUCUCGCUCACGAUGCUCUCGCUCACGAUGCUCUCGCUCACGAUGCUCUCGCUCAAGAAGCUCUCGCUCACGAUGCUCGUUCUCACGAUGCUCGUGGUCACGAUGCUCGUUGUCAAGAUGCUCGUGCUCACGAUGCUCGUGGUCAAGAUGCUCGUGCUCACGAUGCUCGUGCUCACGAUGCUCUCGCUCACGAUGCUCGUGCUCACGAUGCUCGUGCUCACGAUGCGCGUGCUCAUGAUGCUCGUGCUCACGAUGGGCGUGCUCACGAUGCUCCUCACAAUGCUCGUGCUCACAAUGCUCGUGCUCACGAUGCUCGUGCUCACGAUGCUUGUGGUCACGAUGCUCGUGCUCACGAUGCUCGUGCUCACGAUGCUCGUGCUCACGAUGCUCGUGCUCACGAUGCUCGUGCUCACGAUGCUCGUGCUCACGAUGCUCGUCGUCACGAUGCUCGUGCUCACGAUGCUCGUGCUCACGAUGCUCGUGCUCACGAUGCUCGUGCUCACGAUGCUCGUGCUCACGAUGCUCGUGCUCACGAUGCUCGUGCUCACGAUGCUCGUGGUCACGAUGCUUGUGCUCACGAUGCUCGUGGUCACGAUGCUCGUGGUCACGAUGCUCGUGGUCACGAUGCUCGUGGUCACGAUGCGCGUUCUCACGAUGCUCAUGCUCACGAUGGGCGUGCUCACGAUGCUCGUGCUCACGAUGCUCGUGGUCAUGAUGCUCGUGGUCACUCACGAUGCUCGUGCUCACGAUGCUUGAUGCUAGUGCUCACAAUGCUCGUGCUCACAAUGCUCGUGCUCACGAUGCUCGUGCUCACGAUGCUCGUGCUCACGAUGCUCUCGCUCACGAUGCUCUCGCUCACGAUGCUCUCGUUCACGAAGCUCUCGCUCACGAUGCUCGUGCUCACGAUGCUCGUUCUCACGAUGCUCGUGGUCACGAUGCUCGUGGUCACGAUGCUCGUGGUCACGAUGCUCGUGGUCACGAUGCUCGUGGUCACGAUGCUCGUGGUCACGAUGGGCGUGCUCACGAUGCUCGUGCUCACGAUGCUCGUGGUCACGAUGCUCGUGGUCACGAUGCUCGUGGUCACUCACAAUGCUCGUGCUCAAAAUGCUCGUGCUCACGAUGCUCGUGCUCACGAUGCUUGUGGUCACGAUGCUCGUGCUCACGAUGCUCGUGCUCACGAUGCUCGUGCUCACAAUGCUCGUGGUCACGAUGCUCGUGGUCACGAUGCUCGUGGUCACGAUGCUCGUGGUCACGAUGCUCGUGGUCACGAUGCUCGUGGUCACGAUGCUCGUGGUCACGAUGCUCGUGGUCACGAUGCUCAUGCUCACGAUGGGCGUGCUCACGAUGCUCGUGCUCACGAUGCUCGUGGUCACGAUGCUCGUGGUCACGAUGCUCGUGCUCUCGCUCACGAUGCUCGUGCUCACGAUGCUCGUUCUCACGAUGCUCGUGGUCACGAUGCUCGUGGUCACGAUGCUCGUGGUCACGAUGCUCGUGGUCACGAUGCUCUCGCUCACGAUGCUCUCGCUCACGAUGCUCUCGUUCACGAAGCUCUCGCUCACGAUGCUCGUGCUCACGAUGCUCGUGGUCACGAUGCUCGUGGUCACGAUGCUCGUGGUCACUCACGGGCACGGCCAUAG